CCGCUUCCUCUCUGCCCGGGAAGAGGCGGGCGCGGCUGCGGCCAUGCAGGUCUCCAGCCUCAACGAGGUGAAGAUCUACAGCCUGAGCGCCGGCAGGAGCCUCCCGGAGUGGCUCUCUGACAGGAAGAAAAGAGUGUUACAGAAGAAAGAUGUGGAUAUCCGUAGAAGAAUUGAACUUAUUCAAGACUUUGAAAUGCCCACUAUUAGCACAAAGAUUAAGGUAUCAAGAGAUGGACAGUAUAUUAUGGCAGUUGGAACUUACAAGCCCAGGGUCCGCUGUUUUGAUACCUAUCAGUUAUCCCAGAAAUUUGAAAGAUGCUUAGAUUCCGAAGUGGUUACAUUUGAGAUUUUAUCAGAUGAUUACUCAAAGAUUGUCUUCUUGCAGUGUGGCAGAUUUGUGGAGUUUCAUUCACAACAUGGCCAUUACUACAAGACAAGAAUACCAAAAUUUGGUAGAGAUUUCUCUUACCACUACCCAUCAUGUGACCUGUAUUUCGUAGGAGCAAGUUCUGAAGUGUACAGGCUGAAUCUGGAACAAGGAAGAUUUCUGAACUCCCUGCAAACCGAAGCUUCAGAGAGUAAUGCCUGUGACAUAAAUCCUGUCCACUUCUUGUUUGCUAUGGGGACAGCUGAGGGAAAAGUGGAAUGCUGGGAUCCUAGAACUAGAAAUCGAGUUGGGCUGUUGGACUGUGCAUUAAGCAGUGUGACAGCAGACACAGAGAUAGAAGGUUUGCCAUCCAUUUCAGCACUGAAAUUUGAUGGGGCCUUGAAUAUGGCUGUUGGAACAUCUACUGGGCAGGUCCUAUUAUAUGAUCUUCGGUCUAGUAAUCCAUUAAUAGUCAAAGAUCACCACUAUGGCCUGCCUAUUAAAUCCAUUCAGUUUCAGCAUCAGCUGGAUUUAAUUAUCUCUGCGGAUUCUCGAAUCAUAAAAAUGUGGAACAAAGAUACAGGAAAGAUAUUUACUUCAAUGGAGCCAGAACAUGAUAUAAAUGAUGUCUGCCUUUAUCCAAAUUCAGGAAUGCUAAUGACUGCCAAUGAAGCCCCUAAAAUGAAUAUCUAUUAUAUACCAGUUUUAGGACCUGCCCCAAAAUGGUGUUCCUUCUUGGACAACUUGACUGAAGAACUGGAAGAGAAUCCAGAAAGCACUGUUUAUGAUGAUUACAAAUUUGUUACCAGAAAAGACCUUGAAAAUUUAGGCCUUGCUCAUCUCAUUGGAUCAUCAUUGCUCAGAGCAUACAUGCAUGGCUUCUUCAUGGACAUAAGACUUUAUCAUAAGGCAAAAAUGAUGGCCAACCCCUUUGCCUAUGAAGAAUAUAGAAGAGAGAAAAUAAGGCAGAAGAUAGAAGAAACUCGUGCACAGAGAGUUCAAUUGAAGAAACUCCCAAAAGUUAAUAAAGAACUUGCACUCAAACUGAUUGAAGAAGAAGGAGAAGAGCAACAGUUCAGUAAAAAAAGAAAACAAAAGAAUCUGCCCAGCCUUCUCAAAGAUGAUCGUUUUAAGGUCAUGUUUGAGAAUCCAGAUUUCCAGGUGGAUGAGCAGAGUGAAGAAUUUAGGCUACUUAACCCACUUGUUUCUAAAAUAAGUGAGAAAAGAAAGAGGAAGCUAAAGAUCUUAGAAGAACUGGAAGCACAAGGACAGGAAGAAGAGGAAGAACCAGAAGGAAAAGCAAGUGAUGCAGAAAGUUCUGAGAGUUCAGAUGAUGAAAAAGGCUGGGUUGAAGAGGUCAGGAAACAGCGCAAGCUUUUACGCCAAGAGGAAAAACUAAAGCGGCAGGAAAGGCUCAAGGAGGAUCAGCAAACAUUACUAAAACCUCAGUUUUUUGAGAUUAAAGAAGGAGAGGAAUUCAGAAGCUUCAAAGACUCUGCCAAAAAACAAAAAUUAAUGAAGAAAACUCUUGAAGAUCGUUUAAAGCUUGAAGAAAAACUUGGCACACUCAAUGUGUCUGAUACCACAGUAGGCAGCAAACAGGCAACAUUCAAAUUAAAGAAGUCAGAGCAGCAAAGGAAACAGCAGGAAGCUGAGAAACGACAUCGUCAGGAGAGGAAAACCCUCCGGCGCUCUGCCAGUCAUCUCAAGAGCAGACGUGGAAGAGGACGACUAUUUCAUUGAUUUAUGUUGGCUUUUUUUAAGAAACCUUUUACCUCAUUUUCAUUUGGAAAAGGGGCCUUUUCAAAUUGGGACACAGUACCAAUGGAUUUGUAUUUUGAUUCAUUGGUGAACACAAAGCCAGAACCUCCUAAACCUUGUGUUGAUUACUGAAAAGUUUAUGAAAGUUAAAAUACUGACCAAAGGACAAUAUGAAUAUGGUCCAUUGUGAACUGUAUUUGUUCAGAAAUCACCAGCAAUUGGUUAUUGUGUAACCCUGGAAGUUUUCUAUAUAAGAAUUUAGUAUACAACAAGGCUGCCUGUCUUUUAUUUAACUUAAGAACUGUGAGUUUCAGUUUCUGAAAUCUUUGUGACUGCUUAGAUAAAAGAUAAAGGUAAGUUGUUUUGUCUAAAAGCUUAUCUUUACAAGGACACAAAAAAUUUUUCUGAUUCUUGAAGGAUAGCACACAGUUGUAUUUUUCAAAAACUGACUUUGGCUUUAUAUUCUUGGGUUGCCUUAAUAGCAAAUGGUACAAAUGUUUGUUGGGACAAUUGAGAAUGCCUGAUUUGGGUUCCUCUGAGUCAUUCUGUAAGGAAACCUCUCUUGCCACACCACUGUACAAAGGGGAAGCUCAGAAGGGUAGUCCUAUUAACUUAGAAUUUGUAAGUACAAAACCUGAUCCUGAUGUUUCUGUUUUGGAAAGCCAGCCAUGUUUCAUCAUAGAUCAAGUGGUUUAUCUUCAUAUAACAAGCACUUUAAGGCCAUGCCAGUAGUCUCCUAUGCUUCAAAAAAAGAGUUUAGUUAAAUAACUUUAAAAAACCCUUGAACCUAAGUAGGUCAUUAUUUAGCAAAUAAAUUAGUUGUUACCUUUUAUCCUAAAGGAAUCUUUUAUUGCUUUUUAAAAGCCUUUAUAAAUUACCUUUUUGCUAGAUAACAGAACCUGAACUUUGGUUCAGCUAAAAUCAGUGAAUCUCCCUGUAACUGUAAAUCUUUUUAAGAGACUCAUAGGUUCUUAAGUAUUUUGUUUUAUAAACCAGAGAGGUAUUAAUCUGAUCAGGUUUCUGUAUUUGUAGAAUAUUUGCAAUUACUUCAGUAAAAAGCCUUGGUUUCUCAUAGCCUGAUUUUUUUUUUUUGUUUGUUGUUAGAUGAUAGAAAAGUUAGCCACAUGGAUAACUUCUUUCCUCUCUGACUUAAUUUUGCCUGCUUUAAUUAAUGGUUUUGAUUAUGUUGCUACCUUUAGUUUAAAAAGGCACUUUUCUCCUGAUAUUUUCAUCUUCAAAAACUUACAUUGUAGUCAUCACCUCUGCCCUUGCAUACAACUAAAUGAUAAGUCUCUCAAUACCUAUUUUUUUACCUCAAGCUGUCAAAUUUCUGUAUUGUUCAUAAGUUUCUCAUGCUUUUUAUUUUUGCAUCUUCCCCCUGGAGCAUUAUGUUAUCUCUUAGAAACUAUCUAUGUGCAGUUCAGGUGUGCUUACAUCAUGCACAGGGCUGUAGGAAUGUGGAGAGGUUAACAGUGGGAACUGGCCUCCAUCGUGGUUGAUACAGGGAGAGUUGGGGACUGGGUGGACAGAACUGGCAUUUUAAGAGCAGAAAUUUGGCCGAUUUUACUCCUUCUCAUGGUGGGUCUAAAUCCCAUUAUAUUGAUCUAGAGCUGCAUUUAUGGUUGAAGGCAUUUGUAUUUUACAAUGAUUUUGUGGGCUGUCAAGAGCAGUAAAAAACUAAGUGUGGUUGAUCUGCUGAGUGGUAAUGCACUGAGUUUGAAAUGAGCUUAAAAUGAGUGUAUUUCUUGUGUUUUGAGAUUCUUCUGAUGGACUGGUUUAAGUCAGUGUUUUGCUUUUCAUGCACUUAGAUUCAUAAUGUAAGUAUUGUGAUAGUAUUGAUCAUGUAUUUAGGUUUUAGCCGAUAUGAUUAAAGGAGUGUGCUUUGUACUAUUAGAUGGAAGGCACAUGUAAACUGCC